AUGUUCAGAGCAAGUGAGCAUGAACAAGACAUCUCGAGCCUCCAGCAAAAUGUGCAGACCAUCAACGAGGAACUGAAGCAAUUUAAGAGCCAUGUUGACGAGCAUGUUCAGAGAGUGCUGCAGGAGAACAAAGAGAGGCAGAAAGCCCAACUGGAGGAGAAGGACAAGCAAAUAAAGGAUCUGAGCACCAGACUUGAAGCAGUUGAAGAGGAGAGGAAGAAGGACAUUGAAAAAUUAGAGCUUGCUGCCCAGAACCAGCAGAAAAUUGAGUCUUUGGAAAAUCGCUUCACUGCACUGCAGGAAGAACAUAAGGAAUUGCUGCUCUCCAUCAAGGGGCUGAUGGACAAUCACCAACCAACAGACUCCAACCACGUUGCUCCAUCGAGCUCCACACCCAAGGCUUCAUCUGAAUCCAGUCCUGCUCUCGCGGCCAAUUCCAAGACAGCCCCCAUUCCCACCGAGCAGCUGGUGGUGGAAAAUGGUCAAGUGGAGGUCAACAGUUGCUAAGGGCCGUCCUAGACCUUUCAGAACCAUGUUUCUCCCACUGGAUCGGGAAGAGAGAUCAGGAAGAUUUCUUCACCAAAUGCCGGUGCAGUGUGUAGACAUGAGGGACCACUUUGUGAAAGUUACCCACAGCGUUAGCUGCCAUGUUAUGAGGUGACGGUGUGUGACCACCAUCUCAUAAGGGAAAGCAAGCAGAAACUAUCUGUAUGUACUUCAUCAUUCUGGCCGUGGGAUUGUCUGAAACUCUUUUUGGCAUCAUGAGUGAUGUUUCAAGCUGGUAAUAAAAAAUGACGAUUAUACAGUUAA